AUUAAAUGCUUUAUGGAUAAAGAAAAUUUGGAUGGGAAGAUUGAAUAUUGUAACUGUGCAAUGGAUUCCUCAGUGGAAAACAUGUAUGUAAACAAAAUGUGGGUUCAAUGUGAGAAUGAAAAUUGUUUGAAAUGGAGAUUGUUGUCAAAUGAGGAUGCAGCCAAAGUUGAUCAUAAUGAACCUUGGUACUGCUUCAUGAACACCGAUUCAAGAUAUAGUAACUGCUUAAUUUCUGAAGAAGACUUCCCUGAAGAGUCUCAACUUCAUCAGAGUGGACUUAAGAUUGUCUAUUCACAGCUCCCUCUUGGAAGCCUGGUUUUGGUAAAAUUACAGAAUUGGCCAAGUUGGCCAGGAAUACUUUGCCCUGACCAUUUUAAACGGAAGUAUGUGACCUAUGACCUGGAUGGAAAUGUUGAAGAGUAUCACAUAGAAUUCCUGGGUGAUCCCCAUUCCAGAUCAUGGAUAAGUGCAACAUUUGUUGGACAUUAUAGUAUCACAUUAAAGCCAGAAAAAUGUAAGAAAAAAAAGAAAUGGUAUAAAAGUGCACUAAAAGAAGCAUGUCUACUCUAUGGAUAUUCUCAUGAGCGAAGACUGGAAAUGUGCUGCCUGUCAAAACAACAAGAUAAAUCCAAAACAAGUGACAAAGUUUCUGCACUGGCCAAGAAAAGGAAGCAGAUUUCUAAAAAUAAUAUUGAAAAGAAAAAGCCCAAAUUUAGAAAAAGGAAAAGGAAAGCAACUUUAACAUACUCUUUUGAAAAUGUUUGUUAUGAUGAUGCCUUAUCAAAGGAAAACAUGGUUGUCUCCGAGACACAAGUUUUACUAAAAGAGCUGGAGCAAAUGCUACAGCAAGCACUGCAACCCACAACCACAGCUGAGGAGUCUGAAGAAGGGCAUGGAGAGGAAAUAAAUAUGGAAGGAAAGUUAUCCAAAUGUAGCCCAGAAGCUCCAGCAGGCAGUCUGUUUGAAAACCACUAUGAAGAGGACUAUCUUGUAAUUGACGGGAUAAAAUUAAAAGCUGGAGAAUGUAUUGAGGAUAUAACUAAUACAUUUAAAGAAAUAGAUGCUUUGAUGUCUGAGUUUUAGAACAUUAUGCAUACUUUUAAAAGUUAAUUGCAAAAAAUUGGCAUCUUCAUACUUAUCCAAAAUUAAAACCUUAAAAAUGUUUAGGAAAUUAUACAUGAUACCAAAGUUGAUAUUUGCAAUAACUUUCUACUCAUACUUCAUAUUUUGAGAAUAGCCAUGAUUUUUAGAGUCAAAUGGUAUUUAAGUUAGUGUUAAAAAUUUAGAAUUAAGAAACCCUGAUACUUGUAUUUGUAUAUUUCUUGUUUGUCUUAAUUUUUAAAUUGUUUGUGAAAUUUGCCUCACAAACACAUGCUUUACAAUGAUUAUUUAGGUCCUUUAUUCAAAAGUGGCUAACUUAAAGUAGCUGCCAAGCUACUAUAAUUCUCACAGGUAAUUCAAAUCUAAUAAACAUAGUGAAUGUGUAUUUGUAGUGGAAUCAAACUAUUACAAAAUAAAAGGAAAUAAUUUGUUAAA